GUGUGUGCUGAUUGUAGUCUUCUGUAUGUUGAAGUGCUCAUAAAUCUCUGUCCAGCCAAUAGAAAGGCUCCUGGUAAACCCAGCUCCGUAAAAAGCCGGCGAGAGGCAGAGACGGCUCUAAUGUGAGGAGAGAGAGAGUCAGUGCAGACAGAGAGGCGCAGAGGGACUGGAAGUUUUCAUUUUGGAGAUGUCCGAUAUUCCACAAAACUUUCCCAUCACUUUAUUGCAUUUUGGAGGUUUGUGAAACCCCGAAGAGGAGACACAUAGAACCGCUGUCAGCGUCGUCGACUUCCUCCACAGUUCUCCACAGCUCAAGUCACCGGACGCUUCUGGGAGACUGCGCCGUGCUGCUGUUCUCAUUAUAGCCUGCACACAUCCCGUUCAGUCCGGUCGUCAUGUCCUCCGGUGAUGCCGCGGAGCAGAGUCGGCGGGUCAGCGUGCUGUCUUGGGAUCAGGUGCGGCGUUUGGACUCCAUCCUGGGAGAGAGCGUCCCGAUCCACGGCCGCGGAAACUUCCCCACGCUGUCCGUGCAGCCCCGGCAGAUCGUCCAGGUGGUCAGGGCUCGGCUGGAGGAGCGGGGCGUGGUGGUAUGCGACGUCAAGCUGAACGGCUCAGCGGCCAGCCACGUGCUUCACGAGGACAAUGGCCUUGGCUACAAAGACCUGGACCUGAUCUUUGGCCUGAGUCUGACUGAUGACAAAACCUUCCGGCUGGUGAAGGAUGUGGUGCUGGACUGCCUGGUGGACUUCUUGCCUGAAGGGGUGUGCAGGGAGCGGAUCACAGCCAUCGCCCUGAAGGAAGCGUACGUGCAGAAACUGGUAAAAGUUUGCAACGAGACGGACCGCUGGAGCCUCAUCUCGCUGUCAAACAACACCGGCAAGAACGUGGAGCUGAAGUUCGUGGACUCCCUGAGAAGGCAGUUUGAGUUCAGCGUCGACUCCUUCCAGAUCACUCUGGACUCGCUGCUGCUCUUCGACCGCUGCUCGGAGACGGCAAUGUCCGAGACCUUCCACCCUACAGUGCAUGGGGAGAGCAUGUACGGAGACUUUGAGGAAGCUCUGGGUCACCUCCGGACCAGGACUAUUGCCACCCGCAGCCCAGAAGAGAUCAGGGGCGGCGGGCUGCUCAAGUACUGCCACCUGCUGGUGCGCGGCUUCCGGCCUUCCUCAGAGAUUCAGAUGAAACAGAUGCAGCGCUACAUGUGCUCGCGCUUCUUCAUCGACUUCCCCGACAUUAGCGUACAGCAGAGGAAACUGGAGGCGUAUCUGCAGAACCACUUCAUGGGCAUGGAGCACAAGCGCUACGAGUGCCUGGUGACGCUGAGGCAAGUGGUGGAUGAGAGCACUGUGUGUCUUAUGGGCCACGAGCGCAGACAGACGCUGGCACUUAUUUCCGCCCUGGCGCUGCGCGUAAUGGCCGAACAGAACGCUAUCCCUGCUCUGUCCAACAUCACCUGCUACUACCAGCCCGCUCCCUAUGUCAGAGACCUCAACUUCAGCAAUUAUUAUGUGGCCCAAGUCCAGUCACCCAUGGUAACAUGCAACUCUUAUCAAACGUGGCUGCCUUGCAGUUGAGCGAUGACAAAUAGAAUGCGGGGUGAGCUUUCCGUUUUAACUUUACAUUGAUGUAAGCUGAGCAUUCAUUCAAGUGCUUGGUGCAAUGUGGCUUUUUGGUUUGGGGCCCAGCGUGGACAAAAAGGAAUAAUGUUAUCUUUUUUUUUUUUGCUAAAUCUUAUAUUAAAAACCUUCCACUAAGUUAUAUUAAUACUGCUGUAAAAAAAAAAAAAAUCUAAUUCGAGCCAUUAUACUUUUAUCUUUUUAUUCUGUUGUCGUUUUAUAACCAAUGUGGACAUGUAUGGAAAAAUAUGAAGGGUUGAUAUGUGACGGAGGAACUGCUAGGUCUGCUUCUUGUCCGAUGGAGGCUCGCAUUGGGUCUUAAAUGAAAUGUAUAUACUUUGUACAAAACCAGCUGUUUUUUUUGUUCUCUCUGUGGUUUCAGCUGAACAAAUCAGAGGGAAAAAAGGACCAAAGAAAUACUUUCUUGUGUAGCAUGACAAACAAAUACUGUAUGUGGUUCCAAGUGCCUGAAUCUGACCAACUGUCUUUAUAGUAUUUGCUCUGUAAGAAUGUUUUUUAAACUUUCUCAUCCAGGUUACUUUACAUUUCUAUAUCCAGGGUCAGGGUAUUUGUUUUUAAAUCAUUAAAAAAAUUACAAAAAUGAAAA